CUCUCGUUUUUUUUCAACAAAAAUGCGCCAACGCGCACCAUCGCAACGCAAAUUGAAACCGCAACGGAAAUAGUUAAUAACGAUUCUAUCUAUUAGCACCAGAUUCCGUCACCUACGAGAGCGAUAAGCACAGAGCUAGAUAAGCGCAACCGUAAAUAACGGUUCAACAGUUGAAAUAAUUAGUUAAUGGACCCGAUCGUCGCCUAGUGGCAGCAGCAGAAGCGCAGUAAAAGCGACUGCACCACCACCAGCACCAACACCACCACUAGGACCAGCACCAAGUUGCAACUGCAACAUUUGCAACAGAAAAACCAGACAAAACGGCGUUUCUACAGCAGCGUCGCCUCUUCGGCGGCGGCAAUGUGUCAUCAACAUCAAUGAAACACCAGCCGCCGCCUCCUCCGCUGCCCUUAACGCAGCCCCCAUCGCUGAGUGGCGGCGGGGUUGGUGGGGUCUCUGGCAGCAGCAGUGGAAGCAGCAGCAUAGUGGCCAAUGCCAUUAGCAGCCUCAAUGGCAACAACAGUGCCACCAGCAGCAGCAGUUGCAUUCAACCAGCCAACAACAACAACAACAAUCACAACAACAACAUCAGCAGCAGCCGUGGCAGCAGCUUUGAGGCAGGAAAAUGUCGCCCACCCCUCUACCCAAAACCCAAGACACCCUCGUUUGACAAGGACCGUGACUACAUUGGGUUUGCCACGCUGCCGGAGCAGGUGCACCGGAAGUCGGUGAAGCGUGGCUUCGAGUUCACGCUGAUGGUGGUCGGGGAGUCCGGCCUGGGCAAGUCGACGCUCAUCAACAGCCUCUUCCUCGGUGACCUGUACAAGAACCGCCAGAUGCCCAACGUGGAGGAGCGCAUCGAGAAGACGACCCGCGUCGAAAAGAAGACCAUGGACAUCGAGGAGCGCGGCGUCCGGCUGCGCCUCACUGUGGUGGACACGCCCGGUUUCGGGGAUGCCAUCAACUGCGAGGACAGCUGGCGGGUGUGCACCUCGUACAUCGACGAGCAGUUCCGCCAGUACUUCACCGACGAGAGCGGACUGAAUCGGCGCAACAUACAGGACAACCGAGUGCACUGCUGCCUCUACUUUGUUCCGCCCUGGGGGCACAGCCUGCGACAGAUGGAUCUGGACCUGAUCAGGCGGCUGCAUCGCAAGGUGAACAUUGUGCUGGUGAUUGGCAAGGCGGACUGCCUGAACAAGCAGGAGGUGCGCAAGCUCAAGGAGCGCAUACUGCAGGACCUCGAGGACAAUCACAUACAGCUGUACCAGUUCCCCGAAUGCGACUCCGACGAGGACGAUGACUUCAAGCAGCAGGACCGCGAGCUGAAGGCCUCCAUUCCGUUCGCCGUCGUUGGCAGCAACACCAUUCUGGAGGUCGCCGGCAAGAAGGUGCGCGGCCGCCAGUAUCCCUGGGGUGUGGUCAAUGUGGAGGAUCCGGAGCACAGCGACUUCAUCAAGCUGCGCACCUUCUUGAUAUCCACGCACAUGCAGGACUUGAAGGACACCACACAGGAUGUGCACUACGAGAACUUCCGGGCGCAGUGCAUCUCACAGAUCUCGCAGCAUGCGCUGCGGGAGCGCGGCAAGUUGAAGCGCGACUCGAUCAGCUCGACGAACGGAUUCGAUGCGGCCAUUUCGGAGACGGACAGGCUGCUGCUGCAAAAGGACGAGGAGAUCAGACGCAUGCAGGACAUGCUCACCCAGAUGCAGGAGAAGCUCAAGCAAACGCAUCUCAUGGAGAUGAAGAAGAACGACAGCGUGAUCGAUGUCUAGGCGGAGAGCAGAUUAGAGACAGAGAUAGAGAUAGAGAGAGAGAGGAGUCGAGCAAGGGACGUGUUCGAGCGUGUUCAAUUUUGCACCUUGAUAU